AUGGAUACGAUACUGUGUCUGAUCAAAAACUGGAUUAGUUCUCUGAUGAUGUGUAGAGAGAAACAAGAACUUCUAGAGAAAAAAAUGGCUUAUCAUUUACAAAAAAUGCAAGAUACUGGCUUUAAAGAAUAUAUGGGGAAAAAUACAUUGAAGUACAAAGGUCAAGAUGGAACAACACAUGGUGAAUCUUCUCCAAAGAAUAAAAGGAAGACUUCUGAAGAUAUCAUAUUAGUUUAUCCUGCUGGAGACGAGAAUACAUAUGAAAAAAUAUCUGGAAAUACAGCAACUGCUGGUCAUCACAAUCAAAAUAGUUCAGAGAAUUUUAUUUAAAAAACCUCAACUUCUGUUGUUCAGGAAAAUGUGCAGUAUAAUGGUGUAAAUCAAAAGAGAGAUGGGAUGAUAUCUAAAACCUCAAGUAUUGUCAAUGAUAGAGGAGAUACUAACAUUUCAGGCCAAGGUUCAAUUAUUUCAGCUCAGGAAUCACCCACAAGAAAUUUAUCCAGACUUUCACAGGCAUUUUUGGAUCCUUCAAAAGAAGAGGAGACAAAUACUAAUCAUAAUGGAAAACCAACCAAGAGAUCAAGCUAUCUCUACAAAUCAGAAACUCCCAAGCCCAAUGUCUCCAAACAAGGAUCUAAAAUGCUGGCAAAAAGUCUUCAGCUAUGUCAAAGAUGUUUUCUCGAUAUGAUACUAACAUUUCCAGAAAUUCUUCACCAACUCACCAUGAUGAGCACUAAAGCUUUUGUACCUGCUAUAAGCAUGCUUACUUCUCUUAGAAAAUAAAAUUAUUUUAAAGCAUA